CGACCGCGUGAGAGCAAGCCAGGUCAAGGCCGCAUUUAAAAAGUGCGAGGUCAUUACGGUUCACCACUCAAACGAGUUUUUUUACAGUAACAACACCAUAAACCGUACCUGAUAAGAAGCAUGUUAUAAUAAAACUUUUUCUCCUAGUGGUAAGCGCCCUCCUGACUGAUUCAAAAGACUGCAAAAUGCUGAGCACCGAAGCCCAGGUUAGAUAUUUAGUCCAGUGGUUCCAAGAGUGGAGCGAGCUCCAAAGGUCAGACUUCCUGCCCAUCUUGGCGGAGAAAUACGCCAAUAGGGCCUACGUGAACGGGAUCGUCAACAGCAUCGCAAACGUGAACUGCCAGGACAAACCCAUGUCGCUGUUCGAGUGCCGAGUGAAGUUGUUCCGGGAGUGGUUCACCCAGUGGAGCAGCGACCAGAAAGAGAGCUUCCUGAAGCAGAUAUCCGAAAUGGAUGCAGUGUUUGCCGAGAAAUUAAACUCCGAACUGCAGAACGGGAUCCCCAGCGACAAUCACGAAGCGAACGGGAACGAAAUCCUCGAAGACUAAUCUCACCUGAGUACUAAAUCCUGAUUAAUUUAGUAAUAUAUUUUAAUUUUUAUUUUAAUUAAGUAGAGUAUUUAAGUUGGUAUUAAUGUGAUAUUAAACUCCCAAGUAUUAUGAACGGUAAACAGCAUUUCGUGGUUGGCUAUGCCUGUAAUUUACAGAGUGAAUAAAUUUAUUUACUGAAUCUCAA